AUUGAAAAAAUAAUUUUUUUUUUUCUUUUCUUAUUUGAUUUUUUUAUUUGAUUUUUUUUUUGAUAAAAAAAAUGUCAUCCGAUUUGAAAUUAGAUAAAGAAUUAAAAGAUGAUGCUGAAAUUCGUAACCUUUGGUUAGAGAGCAUCCAUAUCCGAGAUCAACAACAAAUAUUUAAAAAGACCAAUGAAUUUUAUGAUUUUAUUAUUGUUGGAGCUGGAACUGCAGGAUGUGUAUUAGCGAGAGAAUUGAUUUAUAAUAUCCCCAACAUUAAUAUUUUGGUAUUAGAAGCUGGUCCACCAAAUACGCAAGUUAAUGAUAUAAUGCGUUCACCAUGUGGUUUUCCUUCGGUUUAUCGAACAAGUGAAACAGAUUGGGGAUAUUCUACAGAAGAUCAAAAAAUGCCCAGUAUUGUUGAUCCUACUAAAGAAGUAUUGAAUAAAGGAAUGCCUUAUGCACGUGGCAAAGUUAUUGGAGGAUGCAGCACUAUAAAUGCAAUGGUUUAUACACGAGGUCAAAAAGCUGAUUACGACCUUUGGGCUGCUCAAGGUCCUGAAUAUAAAAUUUGGGAUUAUGAUCAUUGUCUCGAGGCUUUUAAAGCAGUUGAAAAUAAUGAGCGUAAAAGUCCUGAUGAAGAAUUUAAAAAAUAUCAUGGGUUCAAUGGUUUACUUAACGUACAAGAUAGUUCGGAUGAUAACUAUGAUAUUUUAAAAGAUAUUUAUAAGAUCGCAAAAAAUCUUGGAAUUCCUUAUAAUAAUGAUUUUAAUGGCGUUAGACAAAAUGGAGUAGGAGAACACCAGUAUACGAUGAAAGAUGGAAAGCGCUUUUCAUUGGCUGAUGGUUAUUUAACAGAUGCAUUAAAAAAAGUUGAGACUUAUCCCCCUUCAAAACCAUUCGAAAUAGGGUCUCCUCACGGAUUAAGCGAUGAUGCUGCAAAAUUCGUGGCAGUUAAUGUUAAAUCUUUUGCUCACAUGUUAAAUAUUAUUUGGAACGAAGAAAAGAAAGAUGAAAAUGUUGCAAUUGGCGUGAAAUAUUUUUAUGAUGGUAGAGUCCACGAAUCUUUUAUUGCUCCAAAGGGUGAAGUGAUUAUUUGUGGUGGUGCUAUUAAUAGUCCUCAGAUUUUAAUGCUCUCUGGAAUUGGACCAAAAAAUAAUUUAGAAGAAAAUAAUAUCAAAGUUCGUAAAGAAUUACCAGUCGGACGUAAUUUAUUGGAACACCCUUCAUGUUGCGUCUCUGCCAAAGUUUCUGUUCCGAAUUGUACAAGUGCUUCUCAAUUACAUUAUUCGAGUAAUGGUUAUGAGCUUGGAAUGUUUUAUAAAAGUGAUAUUGAUGGAAAAAUUCCUAGUCAAGAGCAUUUCCUUGAUGAACGUCCUAAUAUUCAAUUUUAUGCGAAUACAGUUAAACUCGGACUCGCUAUUGCUGAACCAGGAAAAAAUGAAAUUCUUACUUUGUUAUCGGUUCUUAAUCUUCCAUCAAGUGUUGGUCAUUUAGAAUUACGUAGCUCUAAUCCAUUUAUACAUCCAAAAAUAUUUCUUAACCUUUAUGAAAAACCUGAUGAUUUGUAUAAUAUGAUGAGCAGUCUUAAACUGUCACGUGAAAUACUCAAACAACCUCCAUUAAGUACUGUUUGGGGCGUAAAAGAAAUUGGAUUUGAUACAGACAAAGAGAUGAGCGAUGAAGAUUGGGAACAAUAUAUUCGUAAAGUGUCAAUCACAUCAUCUCAUCCAUGUGGUACUGUAAAGAUGGCACCAGAAUCUCAAGGAGGAUGUAUUAAUCAUCGUCUUCAAGUUUAUGGAACCAAAAAUCUUCGAGUUGUUGAUGCUUCAAUCUUUCCAACUAUUCCGGCUGGUAAUCUUAAUGCCCCCACUGCUAUGGUUGCAUGGAAAGCAAGUAGGUUAAUUGAAGAGGAUUACAAAAAUAAAGCUUGAUGAUAAAGAAAACUCCUCAAGCAUUAACAUAACCUAGAGAUUAUGUGAUCUUUAUAAUACAGAUGAAUGUAUCUAUUUAUCUCUGUCCUUUAUCUCAUUAAUAUUAUAACUGAUUUCUUUAAAAAUACGAUAUUUUUCAAAUUCAAUGAUAAGUUGGAUAUUAUUAAUAAACAUAAUAAUCCAAGUUGAUAUGUCCCGAUGCGCGUCUUUAAGUCCACAGAUUUCCGUAUGCGUUCCUGUCACAUGCAGUACAGGACAUUCAGUGACGCUUUUCAGAAAUUCUUUUCUUAAGGAGAAACAAUACUAGAAAAAGAAAAAAUGAUAACUACGUUAAUAUUCGAAUAGUACAUCAUUUGUUGAACACAACUCCAUUCCGAAACAUACCUAAUAUUUAUUUUAUGACUAUUUCCGAGUCAUUUAAACACGAAUAAGCAAGAUUAAAUUAAUAAG